CACUAUUGCAAAUAACAUUAUUCAGUAUAUACACGCACCUGCGCGCGAGAGGUUAACAAAUGAGCCAAACAAGAAGAGGAAAUUAGGGUUGAAAUUGGCGAGGAACAAUGCUUUCAAGUCCAAAGUUUGUUUUGUAUGAAUUUACAAUUGCAUGGCUCUGCUGAUUGGAAUACGUUUCCAUUGGUCGCCCAUGCAGUUACCUUUUUCUCUUGGAUUAUGAUGGAAGCUUCAGGCGAUAAAAACUCAUCCGCAGAACAAGAUAAAACUGGACCAGAUUAUUUUGGUUACUAUACACGCGAAGUUGGAUACCUACUUUCACAAGCAGAAGGGUACUUUCCAUGUCCAUCUCAGACUUUUGACUUGGCUAAAAGAAAUCAUGGACUCAUCAGUGGGACAGAUACUUCUAAAUAUAUUAACACAGGGAAAGAGGAAAGUAGUUCUGGGAAUGGCGCCUUGUUUUGUAAUGCUCUAGGAGCAGGCAUUUCCGACUUUAAGAAGGAAAGGUUAAAUGCUUUGCUUCGGCAGAGUGUGCCACUUCUUACAGAGGAAGUUAAAGAGAUGGAAGACCCAGUCAUUGCUUUGCAUCGAAUACAAAGAUAUAAAGAGAAACUAUCAACCUCUCCUGCUGAAAAUGGUGACGACAAUGGCGAAAAUCCAUGUAAAAAGCCUAAGCUGUGUUCUUCAUCAUCUUCUAUCCGUUCCACUAGUCCUACUAGUUCCAGUCAUAACGUAGAGGUGAGUGAUGAUUUGCAGCUGCUUCUUAGAACUGAAAGUGUUAAGGUUGAGGAAACAAUGAAGGAAAUGUCAGAUGAACUGUCUGAAAUGCUAGAAUGCAAGAAGAAAAAGCUUGAACAACUUCUGGACAUAGUUAUGUCUCAUUUCAGGCCGAUGACUCUGGUUGAGAAGCAACAGCUUCGUAAGCUGAUAUGGAAACUUCCUCCCAAUAAUCUCAACCGUGUUGUGGAACUCAUUCAGCGUAGUCAGCCUUCUAUAAACAAUUCAUCUGAUGAGGUUUUCGUUGAUAUAGAAAAUUUGGAUAACAAAACACUAUGGAGACUAUAUUACUAUGUUCAUACUUUUGAAAAUGCUAGGAAAGCCUGUCUAUUUUAAUUUUGCCUUAACAGGACAGAAUUGUAUUACUUCAAUGUCAAAAGAGUAUUCUUAGUAUUCUCAUUUGUAGCCAGAAAUGUAGAUUCAGUUGUGCUGCUACUGCUCUUCAUUAGUUUUGCGCACUUAACUUUCUGUUCUGAAGAGUGAGAUUUGCAGACCAAAUUUGGCAGAAGACAGAACAGAGUAAACAGACCCUAACGGCAACAGAAUUAUCGAUUUAACCUUUUGUUCUUUGACCA